AAUCUUAUAAGAUUCUUAUAAGACACUUACGACUGUCGAUGGGAAAUCUUAAACAAUCUUAUAUAAGAAACUGAUAAGAUUCUUAUAAGAAUCCUAUCAGUUUUAGCAAAAAAUUUUUGUCUAGGGCUGCAGUAGUCCACAUGUAAGCAGUUCUACGUUAUUGGUGCGACGAAAGUUGUAGGUACGUUACACAGUUGGUUACGAAAGUUCACCAUUCUUGUGACCAAAGUGUGGAGUGGUACUUCCCCGAAAAUGUCAUACACUUUCACGUGUGACGAAAGUUCUUUUUUCUCUGUGACGAAAAUUAACGUGACAAAAAGGCUAUCACCCGAUAUAAUCAGCUUGCAAAACAGAAGGCUACAAUGAUGAUGAUUAUGGCGUUUGAAAUUCCUUGUGCGUGUUGGUUGAGCCAGUGAAGAGCCUACAGUUUUAUAAAAAAUCGUUUUUAAUCUCGGUUUAUAUCUUUGUUUUUAGUUCUUACGAUGGAAUGUAACUCCAUAGUUUGAUUUCGCUUGAAUUGUUUUUGUCAUCAGCUAUUUUUUCUCAUUAUCUCUUUUUUUCCUACUAGAGUAGCAUUCUGACAGUGUAUCGUGUUUAUUCUAGUUAUAUAUUUCAUUUGUCAUUAUUUUCUCUCUUCUCUAUUUCUACAUAUAAUUCUUAGUAAUGAACAGACAUAAAUUAUUAGUUUCGAACCAUAAGUAGAAAAAAAGACAGAAUGUUUUUUCUUAGGUUAGAUAGGAAAAAAAUGAGUGAGAAAGAAAAGAGUUGAAUUAUGUGAAUUUCACGUGCUUAUGCAAUGGCUCAUCAACGUGUUAAACUUUACCCGAAUUGUGAUUUUACGAUCUGGUUUAGAUCAGUAACAGAAAAUGGGCUAAAUGAACAGCCAAUUUAUGGACAUGUUUCAGAGAAUAUACCACAUUUACAUCGACUUUGUCCGAAUUGUUCGAGAGUAACAGGACUAGGAGUUAUUCCUAAAUGGAUAAAUGGUGCUUUAUACCAGAAUGGUCCUGGUUUACUUGAUGCUUGCGAAACAAGAGUAAAACAUUUAUUUGAUGCAUUUGCUUUGCUACAAAAGUUGGAUGGAUUAUUUACUAGCAAUGAUUUUCGUACUGAUAAUGCAAUGAUUAGUUUGUAUCCGUAUCAAACGAAACCUGGUCAACAUUCCUUAUAUGCCAUGACAGAGACUCCCAUUAUGCAUCAAAUUGAUCCAAUAAAUCUAAAGACAAUGUCUAAAUUUGAUGUUGGUAUUUAUCUUAACAUAGUCUCACAGUGUCCUCAUCCUGUCAUUGUUGAAGAUGGUAGAAUGCUUAAUGUUGGUUUAUCAACUGGUCGUAAAGGCAUGCAAUACGUAAUAUUUCAAUUUCCUCCAAUAUGUGCAGCAGAUGAAAACGUUAAUACCAAUAAUAGGAUGACUCAAUGUAAAAUUUUAACAUCUAUCAACAGUCGAUGGACAUUAAAUCCUGCUUAUGUACAUACAUUUGGUGUUACUAAGAAUUUUAUUAUACUAGUUGAACAAUCUUUAUGUAUAUCAAUUGUAAAUAUGGCCAAAAUAAUAGUUACUAAGGGACCAUUAGCUGAUGCACUUGUAUGGUAUAAUGAACCGGUGCGAUUUCGAAUUAUUCAUCAAUCAACCUUGGAAGAAGUCAAAUACAUUUAUUUAACAACAGCUUUCUUUUUUCUGCACAUGAUUAAUGCAUACGAAGAUGAUAAUCAUUUGAUUGUGGAUAUUUGUUGUUAUGAGAAUUCGGACAUGUUAAAGUGUAUGACAAUAGAAGCCUUGGAGAAUGCUCAAUAUAACCCAAAAUAUGCCGAUCAAUUUCGAAGUCGUCCAAAACGCUUUGUUUUACCACUUGUUAUAACAUCAUUUGUCAAUAGUGAAAAUCUUGUCCAUUUGAACUACACAAGCGCUCGAGCUACAGUAAUGAAUAAUUUAAGAAACCAAAUUUGGAUAGAACCAGAGUUACUGGCUGAUGUUGGAUGUGAAUUACCACAAAUUGAUUAUUUUAACUAUAUGGGAAAAUUUUAUCGUUAUUUUUAUGCGAUAAAUACCGAUAUUGAUUAUGAACAUUGUGGAGCAGUGAGAAAAAUAGAUACUUUAACAAAAACGCAUAAAUUAUGGUAUGAUGAAAAUUGCUAUACAUCUGAGCCUAUAUUUUUACCAAGACCAAAUGCUAAGCAUGAAGACGACGGUGUAAUUAUCAUUUCUUUACUUCGUAGUGGUAUUGAAAAUGAAGUUAGUUUAGUUAUUUUGGAUGCUAUGCAAAUGACUGAAAUUGGACGAGUUAAAUUUUGUACAAAUGGACCAGUGCCAAAAUGUUUACACGGAUGGUAUGACGCAGCGGCGUAA